AUGGCUCAACUCCAGGUUCCCCAGAUCCCAUCCAGGAUCCGCUGCAGAACCCACCACCGCACUCCAUUGGACGGCCCGUUCAUGGGUUCAUCGCUUCGCUCGCAUGAUGCGGGUGGGAUCGUCGGCUUUCCCCCGGAUUAUAGUCACCACAACCUCUACCAUCAUACGUUCUUGUUCAACUACCCCAAUGAUUCGGAAGAGGGUAUCAUUGUCAGUUGCUAUAAUUUGGGCUGUCUCCUGGGAUGUUUGGUGAACUUCUUCAUCGGCGAGAAGCUUGGUCGUCGUAGGACUAUCUGGUUCGCCAUGGGCGUUGUCAUCGUCGGUGCAGUCCUGCAAACCACGGCUUCCACGGUGUCACAUUUGAUUAUUGGACAAUUGGUGACUGGUGCGGGCACCGAUUUGAAAACGAGUACUGUUCCAAUGUACCAGGCUGAGAUGUGUGAGGGCAAGACCCGAGGUCGCCUAAUUUCCUCUGAAGUCCUCUUCACGGCCGUAGGAAUCGUCGUUGCAUACUGGUUAGACUUCGGCAUAUCAUUCGUUGGCGGUCCCAUCGCCUGGCGUCUCCCGAUUGCGAUGCGAAUUCUCUUUGCGAUCUUUGUCAUUGUAUUGGUAUUUGGCUUGCCAGAGCCCCCUCACUGGCUCAUGAAUCAUGACCAGGAGCAAGAAGUGAUGGAGGUCCUCUGUGCUAUUUAUGACCGAGAGCCAGACGAUGAGUUUGUCGUCAAUGAGCGCAGGGGAAUCCUGUCCGCCAUCGAACUUGAGGAUUCAGUUCACAAGCAGUUGAGCUGGAAGAUCUUCCGGAACGACGAACUCAUGAAUCAAGUUGGAGGAAUCAACCUUGUUGUGUAUUUCGUGCCGACCGUUCUUGACAAAAAAGUCGGCCUCUCCAGUCAACUCUCUCAGAUCCUCGGUGGCUGCAUCCAAAUCAUGUUCAUGCUCGGCUCCCUCCUUCCAGCCUUCAAACUCGACAGCAUGGGCCGCCGCAAAACAAUGAUGCUUGGCUCUUUCGGUCUAGGAGUCUGCAUGAUGAUGGUAGCAGCCCUCCUAUCUCAAGUCCACCAACCAAAUGGCACAAACUAUGCCUCCGCCUCUGUCGCUUUCUUCUUCCUCUACAUGUUAAUUCACGGCAUGUCUAUCAACUCCGUGCCGUGGGUAUACGUACCCGAGAUUCUUCCCCUGGAGGCGCGAACAAAGGGUACAGCUAUUGGUGUCAGUUCCAACUGGCUAUGGAGCUUUACGGUUGUUAUGAUCACGCCAGUUAUCAUCAACCGUAUCCAGUCGAAGGCAUACCUGAUUUUCAUGGUUACGAACUUCCUAUUCAUCCCUAUCAUCUACUUCUUCUAUUCCGAGACUAGCAACCUGCGUCUUGAGGAUAUUGACUGGAUCUUCUCUCGGGGCGGGAACCCUGUUUCACAGGCCAGGAAGAUGGCUCAUGAGAUUAAGCUUUAUGGUGAUAUCCAGACUGAGCAAGAUGAGAAGGUUGCCAGUAGUGUUGGUGUUGAGCGUGUUUGA